AUGGCGGACGCGGACACGGGCGGCGUGGAGCCGGUCAAGAUCUACGAGAACACAUUCCGCCUGGAGCCCACGGAGGAGCAGCGGUUCAAGCCGUCGGUUGCUGUCAAUGCGAUGAAGGAGACGCUGGAGGCCAGCAUGUCGUACACGCUGGAAAAGGACGAGGGCGGGCAGUACGUUUGGGAGUACGACCGGGAAGAGGCGGCCGACGUUGCGAAGGAGGUUUCGCAAGAGUGCACUGCGAGGGUGAAGGCGGCGUUGGGCGAGCAGCCGAGGUAUAAGCUCAUCUGUCAUGUUGUCGUCUCGGAGAAUGUCCAGCAGUCGUUUCGCGUCUCGUCGCGUUGCCUGUGGGACAAG